GUUAGAUGGCUGAUUCUGACCCGGGGGAAAGAAACUAUGACAACAUGUUGAAAAUGCUGUCAGACCUGAAUAAGGACUUGGAAAAGCUGUUAGAAGAGAUGGAGAAAAUCUCAGGUCUGUCCAAUUCUGGGUGGACGGCUGCGUUCUGUCCUGCGGCCUGGAGCCCCAGGACGGGGAGGAGAGGCCCUGCGGGCGGUGGUGCGGACGGAGCCGCGUCGGGGCUGGGGGCAGUCGGUCCGGUUGCCAGGAGGCGGCACCGGACACAAUGGGGCCUGGGAGGCGGCUGGGCGGGGCGGGAACCCAGCUGAGAGCCGCCUCCCCUCCCUGCCUUCCCGCGCCGGGAGCCACCAGCACAGGUGAGUCCUUCAACUUCAGGGCCUUCCCUCGGGGACCCCGGGAAGUCCCCUCCCUGCAGCUGGGGAGCGAACCGCGCGCGGGCGCACACCUCCCUGCUGAACUCCUCUGGGGAGGAGAGGGGAUGACCCGAGGCUGCGCCCCCACCCCACGCCCCCAUCGCGCCCGGGAAGCGACUGUUUGCUUCCCGGCGCCUGGGCUACCGGGUGGGCCCCGCCCCCGGCGUGGGCUGAGCGGGAGGUGCGCGGGCGAGUCCGGGGCGGAGGGGCCGCGGCCGCCACCGUCUGUCCACAGGUGCCGCAGGCCGCGCGCGCCCGCCACCCGCGCCAUGGGCUCGGACGUCUGGGUCGGCCCCUGGCGGCCACACCGGCCCCGCGGGCCCAUCGCGGCGCUGCACAGCGGCCCGGGGCCCAAGUACAAGCUGCCGCCGAACACCGGCUACAUCCUCCACGACCCGUCGCGGCCCCGCGCCCCGGCCUACACCUUCGGCGCCCGCCUCCCCACGCAGCGGCUGUCGUGCAGCCCCGGGCCCGGCCUCCUGGUGCCCGCAGGCCUGACGGAGCGCGGCCCCGACGGCGCCCCCGCCUACUCCAUCUACGGCCGCCCCCGCGACGCCGCGCGCUUCCUCACGCCCGGACCGGGCAGGUACUUCCCAGAGCGAGCAGGGAACGUGGCGUACCGCAGCGCGCCUCGGCACACCAUAGCUCCCCGAAACUGGGGAGUCCAAGCCGAACAGCAAACGCCAGGCCCCGGGACCUACACGGUGCCCUCGCUCUUGGGCUCCCACGUCGUCGGCAAAGUCUCGGCUCCAACUUACUCCAUCUACGGCCGCAGCGCAGUGGGCAGCUUCUUCGAGGACCUCAGCAAGACCCCGGGCCCCUGCGCCUACCACGUGGUGAGCCCUGGGGUCUACAAGCCCCGGGCCCCCCAGUUCACGAUGCUGGCACGGACUUCUCUUCCCCAAGACAACACUCUAAAGCCGGGGCCCGCAGCCUACCACGUGGACCAGCACCGGAAGCCUCGCGGCUGGAGCUUCGGGAUCCGGCACUCGGACUUCCUGGCUCCGAUGGUGACCCAAGCGGAUAACUGACCCGCCCCGCGGGCGCAGUUCCCCAAUGUCACUAAAAGCUCCAGCG